AUGGGAUCGGAAAAGGACUCGGAAUCCCCCAACUCCUCGGUGAGCGGCAUUACCAACCCGAAAUGCCGGGCACCGGGAAAACGGCAAGGACGCAUCUCCUUCCACAGCCUCUUCCACAGCAAACGAGGUUCCCGGAGCGCCAAUGCAGGGGCGGCCACACCUUUAUCCCAGCUCCACAACCAACACCAUCAACAACAGCAACUCACCCCCCUUGUCCUCCCUGUAGUCCCUUCCACCCCCACACCUAACCCAGCCCCCACCACCACCGCCAUGGACGCCCCCCAGGACCCAGCCACCUCCCCCACCUCCACCCCAGCAGAGCCCCUCUCUUCCAGUCGGAUCUCCCUGGGUCCGCCCCAGUCCUCCAGCUCCACCACCUCCAGCGCCUCUCCUCCAGCCGACUUCCUGGAGUGCCCCCUGUGCCUGGUGCACCAGCCUCCCAAACAGCUCCCCGAGCUGCUGGGCUGCAGCCACCGCUCCUGCCUGUGCUGCCUGCGCCAGUACCUGCGCAUCGAGAUCACCGAGAGCCGCGUCCACCUCAGCUGCCCCGAGUGCUCGGAGCGACUGGCUCCUCAUCAGGUGGCAGACAUUUUGGAUGACGCAGCGCUGCUGGAGAAGUAUGAGGAAUUCCUGCUGCGACGCUGCCUGGCCUCUGACCCGGACUGCCGCUGGUGUCCCGCGCCCGACUGCGGGUAAGAAUCAACUCUGAUUGUUGCCUGGUCUUUAACCUUAAUCUUAACCUGAGUGUGAACCUGAACCUUAACCCAAACUCUAUAGAGUCAUCACUGUCUAGCCAUGGUAAAAGGGGCAGAAGUACCUUAAAGCGCUUUCUGACCACAAAUGUGAUUUUAACCCCUAACCCUGAACGUAACCCUCACCUUUACCAAACCCCUACUGUUAACCGUAGCCGUAACCUUUUUUUUUAGCAGAUUCAUGCUUUCAAAGUUCAGUUAUAUCCGAAGUCUGAGGAUGAUUGUCGUAAACUGGAAUGACCUACAGUAUUAUAACAAGCUUUAGAGGUGACAAAAGUGAGGGUGAGAGGAAAGGUUUAUAGCCUAGAAUUCUCUAAGUAGGUUAGUAUGUUACAGACUAGGGGAAUGACAAUGCUCGGAGGCUGAUUGUGAAAUGGGGAAAUUUCUGAUAAACUGGAAUGAGCCUAUUGUGUGUGUGCCACACGCAAGUGUUUAUGUGUGUGUGUAUGUUUGUGUGUAUGUGACACGCGCAUGCAUGUGUAUGUGGGAGGGAAAGCACAGAUUAUCUGUGCUGGUUAUAUUCAAAGGAAACAUGUCUGUUUGGUAAUGUCAAUCCUGUCAGACAGAGGGGAAGGACCAAGACAGUGGGCUGGACUAUAGAUGACCUACAUUCUAAAGAGACCAGAAUGACUCACUACACUACCAUUCCUUCCCUGCAGCCCUUGGAAGGGUCUAGUGUGGUUUGGGCUAACUAGAGUGAAGGUUUUCAAAGGGGUACAGUGUGUGUGUGUGUGUGUGUGUGUGUGUGUCAUCAUUGACCUACUUGAAGAGUGCAGAUUCCAUACACUUGAGAUUGUGUAUGUCAUAAUGGUACUGCAUUGUCGUAGAUAAGGAAUAUGGGGCCUUGGUCAUAGUAAAGUGGCCUGGAUUGUCUCUGGCUGUGGAGUCUCUGAGACCUCUUUGUCUCAAUCGCUCUCUCUCUUUCUUUAUUUGUCUUUCACUUUCUUUCUCUUUUUUAAAAUCUGUUUGUCACACAAACCACAGACUCCUUAACUCUUUCUCACUUGAAUGAUCACACACAAACACACGCACGCACACACCAGGGUUUGGCUCAAUUCAGAAUUUUGGAAUAAGUCAAGGGGUAUGAAUACUUUCUGAAGGCACUGUAGAAUAGACGAGGCAUUUUAAUUUCAUUGAAUUUCACUGACUGUAAUUAUAUUUCCUUUCUUUCAAAUUCGAAUUGGAGUUCUGUAUCCUGUUUACUACUUCAAUUCAAAUUCAAUAAUUUUAGUGGAAUUUAUGAGGCAUUCUCAAUUCUGAAUUGAGCCCAACCCUGACAUACACACCCACACACACACACACACACACACACAUCUCAAUCUAUUAUUCUUGUGAAGGCCUCCUUCAACUAAGCUUCAUUGUCCUUUAGUCUCAUCGAUCAGUUCCCUCUCCAUUCCCCAAUCAGACCUCACUGAUUGACAUGGGGAGACAACCAAUCAGAGCAGCGAUAGGUCCACGGUCGCUCUGCAGGCUGUCAGUUGCUAUGGUGACUAGUGAUGCGGCAUAGAGGUAGCCAAUGUUGCCAGGGGUAACAGAGAGGUUGGGAUUUAUUUAAAGUGAUCAUUACACACUCACUGGACUGAGUGUGUGUGUACAGAGUCACAGACAGUGGAUUACAUUUGUACUGUAAUAAUAGCUUAGUUGAAAACAAAGCAGUGUCUCACCAUUUAAAGCAAUGAAAGCUUGCACUAUUCUUAGAUGUGGCUGUCAGAGUGCAUUUGCUCCGAAUGUGCAGCUUGUCAGCAUUGGACUCCUCAGAUUCUCACCGCUCAAAGCCAUAAUGUCAGUAAUGCUCGUGCUCCACCGCAGCAGAACCGACCAGUCGAAUCAAAUCACAUUUUAUUGGUCACAUACACAUAUUUAGCAGAUGUAAUCGCGGGUGUAGCGAAAUGCAGCGUUGACUUGGAAUGUUCCUACAGGGAAAAGGCUUCCUUGGCAUCUUGUGUCUCUGCUCUGUUGCAACAAGUCACUGAGCUCAGGCUUGAAGACAUGUUGCCAGUUUGAACAAGCAAUGUAAUUGGGAAAGAAACCAGCACAAACUGGAUUUAAUGGGCAGCUAAGAACUGUGUUAAAGGGGAAAAACCAUAGCGGUGUAAAUAUUUCCCCUAGUUUGAGGUUUUGAAAGAGACAGAGUAGGGUUUCAACAGUUUUGGUAUUUGACAUCUGGUUUCUCUGUGUAGUGGAAUGCUGAAGGACUUUAAGAGAGUGGUGGUCAAUAAGAUUGAGUGCUCAGCUUGAAUACCAGUAGACCUACAUUCAAAAUAGUUGUGUGACAGGUCGUAUGUCAUUUUUAGCGUUGUUUUUUGAUGAGAAAGAGAGAUUAACUUUCAAAUUAAAUUCAGUUUUGCUCAGUCUCAGUAUUUGAACACUGUCACUCACAAAUAGUUUUACAUUUAAGCAAUAAAGCCCAAGGUGAUGUGAUAUAUGACCAAUAUACCACGGCUUUCAGCCAAUCAGCAUUCAGGGCUCAAACCACACAGUUUAUAAUAGAUUAAAUACCAUUUCAUCUUUACAUACAGUACAUAAUGAUCUUGUUACAUCCAAGAUAAGAUAAGAACCAUGCCUCCCCUCUUAUGGUAUUGUGACAGCCUAUUUACUGUAUUGAGAAAUGUUUGUGUAUGGCGUCGUGUAGCUCUACAAUGAUGAUAAUAUGCUAUGAAGUUUAGCUCUUGGUCUUUCUCCCCUCAUGUCCUUCAUUGAGGUUACUCCAGACUGCCUGAAAUCAUCUUUUGCCUAUUUCCCUCUCUCUCCACGGCUCAGUAAUUGUAAACAUUUGUCCAGCUACAGUGUAUGUAAAUUGAACCUUAACCGCUUGAUAGUUUCUUUAACUCCCAAUUUCCUCCAAGGCUGUAGUGUUCCCUCCACUGACUCAGUAACUCUCUCUCUCCCCCUCCCUCUCUCUCUCUCUUUCAGUGCAGUGAUGUCUUCUUCACUUUGCCAUUGAUUUCGCAUUAGCCGAAUUGUGCCUAAUAAAGAUUUUCUGAAAAUCAAACAUCUCCCUCUUUUUCCCUCUGCCAGGUUUGCAGUGAUUGCUUCGGGCUGUGCCAGCUGCCCCAGGCUGGUGUGUUGUAGAGAGGGCUGCUUGGCUGAGUUCUGUUACCACUGCAAGCAGGCGUGGCACCCCAACCAGACAUGUGACUCGGCCCGCCAGCAGAGGGCACUCUCCCUGCACUUGCACAGCAACCACUCACCCAGCUACACACAGGAGCACGGGCCUGGUACUUUGAUUACUCUUCAUAAUGUUAUUAUUAUGACUUUAUAUUAGUCUCCCUCUUCUCAUAAAGCAAUUUUCAGACCUCCUUUCAGGUUCCAAAUGUCUCGAAGGACAUAACAAUAAGUCGGUAUAAGUUCGACCUUAUCACAACCUCAUUUGUCUCAGCCUGUCUCUUUUAUACUAGCUGUUGGCAGUCAAAAAUAACUCUAUCGGCACACAAUGUCUCCAAACCAAUCCUCCUCUGUCUCUGGUAAAAGUAGAAGUCCCUUUUAGGCACAGAUCUAGAAUCAGCUUACCCUCCCCAUAUUCUAACGGCAAACCAUAAAACUGACCUCAGAUCCUACUCCCACUAAUCAACUUACCCACUCUCUCUCUUGUCUCUAGCUGAUGACAUCAAGCCCUGCCCACGAUGUGGCGCCUACAUAAUCAAGAUGAACGAUGGCAGCUGUAACCACAUGACCUGUGCUGUGUGUGGCUGUGAGUUCUGCUGGCUCUGCAUGAAGGAGAUCUCUGACCUGCACUACCUCAGGUAACUCUCAAGAUUAUUGCAGUUCACGUCAACACAAAUGUAUGUAAUGGAGUAGUAGAUUACUUUCCAUGUGCCAAAACUACGUAUAGGGCUACCCACCCUUAGCGGAGUUGCCAACAACCGGAUGCAUCUGGUUUUCAGGGAUACAGAUAAUUCAACUUAGCGUCCUUUCCCGCUGAAAACCGAAUGUGGGAACUCCGCUCAGCUGUUUUCUUUUACGCCUGCUACGCUAGGUUAAGGCCUACAUGAUGACAUCCACCCAAUUUUAAAGCAUGAUUGUCAUUACUGGGGCUUGACUGAUGCUUUAAAAAAAUUAUUAUACACAUUUUAUGGAAUGAAUUAAAAUCAAACCAAAUACUGACGCAAAACAUAACUGAAUGAAAAGCUUUAUUGUUUUGAUAAGAAGGCUUCACCAAAUAUAUUCCUACAGUAAAAUGCCAAAACAUUUCCACAGAUUCCGUCUAACACAUCUUACAUCAUAUGAGCAUACUGUAAUAGUGGAUAACAGGCAGUGAUGUGUGUCUAACUGCUGUGUGACAAUAAGCAGAGGGCUCUGAAUUCAUAAUGACAACCUUACCUCACCUCCACUCCUCUGUUGCUGUGGUGUAUCCUGAUUGUUUUUCCUGAACUUGGGCCCAGAACUAAUCAGUCUUCUGUCUACCCCCCCUUGCUCUUCAACCUAUUUCUCCCCCUUUCUUUCUAUAUCUGUUUCCUCUUAAUUACUAAUUUUUCUUUAUUUUUUCUUUCUCUUUCACAAUCUUCUCCUCCCCCCUCUCUCUCUCUCUAUUUUCUACCCAUUCCAUUUUUCCCAUUUUUCCUACGUUCUCUUUCCCUUUGUCUCCCGCUAUAUCCCUCCAUCAAUCUCUCUUCUUUUUCUCAGUCCAUCAGGGUGUACGUUCUGGGGAAAGAAGCCAUGGACUCGUAAGAAGAAGAUCCUGUGGCAGCUGGGCACUCUGAUCGGAGCCCCGGUGGGCAUUACCCUAAUCGCUGGUAUCGCUGUGCCUGCCAUGGUUAUUGGCAUUCCCGUCUAUGUGGGGCGCAAGGUGGGCAAAAACACUGGCAGAUGGCAACCCCUUACUGAAAAUCCCCCUUACAUUUGGCCUACGCUCAGUCAUUUAGCAGACUGGCUUAUUUAGAGUGGCUUACUGUCAGAGUGUAGACAUUAAAAGGAAAAUAAAGAAAAUAUUUACUUUUCAUGAUAUUUAACAGAAAAGCUAUUAAUUGUAGAAAUUAAAUGUGACAGUGCUGGUCUUAGAAAUUGAGUUAGUUUCAUUAUGAUUUUCACUUUCAUGGUGACACUUUCAUUUCCUCUGUGUAUUUCAGUAAUUGAGAAAUACAAUUCCUAAAAUAGAUAAGGUUUCAAACCAUAAGAAACUCUUAUUUAGUUUAGGUAUGAUGCUACAACUGUUCUUUGGAAAUAACAUAAUUUAGAAAAAAAUGUGUCAAGAUAGAAUUGCACAAUUACCUAUUUUGAAGGAUAUCUCUUUAGCGCAUCCUUGUGGUAAUACAGUAUAACUGCGAGAUUCAAUUUAAGGUCAUUUGAAUGCUGUACGAAAGCCCUCCCACACACACUUUAUUGUUCCAGGCCCCUAAGCCUUCCCAGCUGUAGAAAUACCUUUCAAAGUAUUUUGUACUCAGCCAACUCCCUUCCACCCAGUCACAACCAGACAUUUCAUGCUGUAAUAGGCCUAGGUAAAGUCCUCUGAUGGUGGUACUAAAAUACUAAUAUAAGCCUGUGAACAAAGAAAGAAAUCCCCUUACACGACAUAUGACCUACUUUUCCCAAGUGCUUUAUAAUAUUAAUUGAACCUAAAUCACAAUACAGACGUUUCAGCUGCAAUAGCCUUUAUUGCUAGCCUGGUCCCAGAUCGGUUUGUGCUGUUUUGCCAACUCCUAUGGACAAAACAGCACAACCAGAUCUGGGACCAGGCUACAUUGUUUGACUGUUGUGAACGUUUAGGAUGUGUAUUUACUGUAUAACUUCACCUUCACUACUAUCUAUCUUUUAUUUUGUGAUAGAUUCACGCCCAUUAUGAGGGGAAGAAGACCAAUCGCCACAGGAGGAACCUGGCCAUCACAGGAGGAGUGGCCGUGUCAAUCAUCACAGCUCCUGUGAUCGCAGCCGUCAGUGUGGGUAUUGGCGUGCCCAUCAUGUUGGCGUACGUCUAUGGAGUUGUGCCCAUCUCUCUGUGCCGCGGAGGAGGCUGUGGCGUCAGCCGAGGAAAGGGGCGUGGCAUGCGGAUAGACUUUGACGAGGACGACGGCCCAAUCACAGGUGAGCAAGACUUAAAGAGCUAUAAUUUUUGCCUUAAUAAACCUAUUACUGUAAAAUACAACAAUGACACUUACCUACAUGUAUGUCUCUCUUUUAUGUUACAAUCAUCAUUGAACUGCUAAUUAAUUGAGACAAGAAAUAUUGAAUGGAAUCGAAUGGAAAAAUAUCUCCUCAUCAAGCAUGAAAUAAAAAUAUUAAAUAAUUGUCCCCCAGUGGCUGAUGCGUGGCGGGCCCUCAAGUCCCCCAGACUGGGUGAGAGCAGCCUGGAGGGGGCAGCCAGCGGCCUCAGCACCACCUCCCCCAGCGAGGGCCUCUCUGUGGCCCCCAGGGUCCUGGGGGACACCCCCCACUUCAACACUCUGGCCGGGGGCGCUCUUGGAGCCAGGGCUGGCAAAUACAACAGGUAUGGAGAGAGUCCCAGCAGGGAACCUGUUCUGUACGUCUUAUGGAGGGGAAUGUUGUGUAUUGUAAGCAGAGAGACAGUAUAAAUAGGGGCCAAGUAAGCCUUAAACGAACUAACUACAGUUGUUGUUGUCCCUUUGAAAGUUCUGUAUUUUGGUUGUAUGAGGACUGCUCUUAUAACCGCUGCUGUGAAUGUUUUUGCUGAGUAAAUGUAAUGUGGCAUAUGUUGAACACUGUAAUAACUGUUGUUGGUAUAACCAUGUAAUAAUAACCAUGUUUUGUGUUGUUCCAGGUUGGCGCUCCAGGGAGGGGAGCCGGGGAAGGACGGUGCCCAGAGAGAGACAGGUAGUCUGGGAGCGGGUAGUGACUGUGCCAGCACCCGGGGCAUGGCAGGCUCCAUUAUCUCCUCCUACACACUCCCUGACAGGUGAGUGUCACAAUUACACACACACAUGAUUUUGAGAGAACCUACUCCUCCUCCUUGAUUUGACAUCUAGUCUGAAUCUGUUUCUGUCGGUCUCAUGUUGUUGUUGUCUCUGAUUGCACUCCAUGAUUUCCUCGAAUCUCUCUUGAGUCUGACUUGUCUUUAGUCUGUGUGGUAUGCAGGCAGCACUUAGUGGUUCAGAAAUAUUUAUUUUAGCCAUUGAUUUAGUUCCCGACAGAUGUUUUCAAAUCGAUUUUGAGUUAAACUUAUAAUGGUAGGCAAGGUGACACUGGAUACAGCAGAUGAUAUGGUGACUAGUGAAUCUAAACGUCUUUGUUCUCCUUUGUUCUCCUAGGGACUGUACUAACCUGGAGAUCCAGGUGGACAUCGAGACCAAACCCAGCCACCUCUGCCUGACCAGUGAGGAAGACCUAAACACGCCCCCUGCUGCUAUGGCAGCAUGCCCCUGCUCGGGGGGGGAGGAGCCUCAGGACUGCAGCUCCAGAAGGGGCGGGGCUCUGUUUGGCUCAGCACUAGGUCUGUCGCCAGGGGCAUCGCUCAGGGAGGGGCUUCGCGAUGUCACUCUGGCCCAGCCCGAGAGCAUCCGCAGCGACCUGGAGAUGUCCGACACCCAAUCGGACGACAUCGCUGAGCUGACGUCAGACGACUGUGACUCGCCUCAUCCCAACAGCUGCCGGCCCCCUCAACCCCAGGCCACCUGCAGACCCCUUCACACCUCCGACAGACUGCACUGUCCCCCGGAUAACGUCAUCCUCUAUGUUUAAGAGUCCGACUGACUGAGAGCUCUCAGAGAUUCCACAAACCCCCCCAAAAAAUUGUUUUAGCUUUUCUCCAUUCAUUGAUUUAGCUUUUCGGUAAUUAUUUUGCUGCUUUUUUGUUAACAAAACGUCUUACCUGCAAACAACAACCAUCUACAUGUGUAUGUCUGUCUUUCUAUCAACAUCUCGAUCUCCUUGCAGAGAAUUGGCAGGGUUCUACCUCUGAGAUUUCUCUGUUUACUUCUUGGUGCAAAAAUGCCUUGGCUACUUACGCAACAAAAAAAAGCUCAACAAGAGGUACACAUUUGCCACAAGAAAUACUGCAAAAAAAGAGGAAAGAAGGUGAAAUGUCACCAAGCACACUAAUGAGUGAAGGAUUGUGGGGAAUGGGGUUUGUACUAUGGAAGAGGAUGUUUUUAGGGAUGUUUGAGUGUGGCAUUUGUACUGAACUUUGUUGGCUUGAUUUCCUCCUGUUCUUUUGUUAGAACUGAAUGAUAUUGAAUGAUUUUGAAAUGGUAUUAUUUACUGUGUGCAUGAGUGUGCGUGAACUGCGUUUUCUAUGGCUGUAUAGACCUACAAGUGGAAUAUGUACCUGUUACACUGGUGGAGUUUACAGUAGUUUGUUCAGAGACAUGACUUUUGGAGGCGAUCUGCACUUGAAUCUCACCUGCACAGAGAAGAACAAUUUAACAAGAGUCGAUGUCGUGGAAGAUAGACAAGUAAUUAACCAGCAGACAGUUCCUCUUGAAUGACUGACUGCCUGCCUUACAGACAGUGAUGACACUCACUGACGAACACAUUGGCUUUCUGACAUGCUAGCUGUCUGACCCACUCAGAUUGUGUGUGUUGUGCUAUUCAAAGAGUAUAAAGACAAAGACAUAAUAUACAUUUUCAGUAGAAAACAAUAGUAGAAUGGAUGGACUUCUUGUGAUUGUAUUUGUUUGUCCCACUAUCGAGUGAAGUUAUGAAUGAGCACUUGUGCACUUUAUCUAAAUAUUCAUAUUUCUUUUGCUAUUCGUUGUCAUCAAUUACUCUGUGAGUUUUCUUCCAUUGCAUAACAUCAUACUUGUAAAAUCAUAGCCAAAUGUUGAUUAUCAGUAACCUUUUUACAGUGUAACAACAUUUUGCAGACCCAUUUUUAUUUCUUCUAGAAUAAUUACUAGAGCUUAUUUUUGCUGUUUACCAACCAUGUGCUUCAGUUUCAGUUGUUUAAGAUAUUCCCAUUUACUAUAGACAUCAUGAAAUCUCUAUAUGGGAAUAUUGUUUUAUUUCAAAUAAGCUUUAUGGAGUUUGAUCAUACUAUUGGGCAGUGCUUAGUAUGGUCUGUUGAUGUUAUUCAGUUGUCGCUUAUUUCUGCCUAUGAGAAACAACAUGAAUGUACCAUGGAUUGAAACAGAACUUCUUAAAUAUGAAAAGAGGAUUUACCCUUAAGAAAACAUAUACAGUAUUGUAUAUAAAUGUGUAGUAUCUCCUGGCACUGCUUUGUAAGACCCUGUAUGGGGCCAAACACACAGGACUGUGAAAGAGGUUGUGGACAUUCUUUUGGAAAAUAAACACAUUUUUCUGUUGC